GCCGAUCCCCCGUGUAAGAGUGAGGUGGAGGAGGACAUUCCAGGAGAUGUCACCACAGAAAACCCCUGCAAAAACUCUGAGGGAAACUUCAUGUUAGCUCUAGAUUAUAAAGUGGAAGAUGAAGACAGCAUGCAGCACUUUUCAGCAGAAAGCCAUAUUACCUUUAAUGUACAUCCAGGAAUUCACAGUACAGAUCUGUCAUAUAAUCCUCCUAAUCAUGAGGAACCUUCUCCUGACCAAUCAAAGAUUGUUACCACAAAUAUAGGUCAGAAAGGAGGUGAAAGGUUUCAGUGUGGUAAACAGUUCACUAAAAGCUCAAGUCUUUCUACACACAAAAUAAUUCACACAGAGGAGAAGCCAUACUCCUGUUCAAAAUGUGGGAAGUGCUUUACAGAGGAAUCAACUCUUGUUAUACAUGAGAGAAAUCACACGGGGGAGAAGCCGUUUUCAUGUUCACAUUGUGGGAAGUGUUUUAAACGGAAAUCAAUUCUUGUUGCGCAUGUGAGAAUUCAUACAGGAGAGAAGCCAUAUUCAUGUUCAGAAUGUGGGAAAUGGUUUACACGAAAAUCAGAUCUUGUUACCCACAAGAGAAGUCACACAGGAGAGAAACCAUAUUCAUGUUCAGAAUGUGGGAAAUGUUUUACAUGGAAAUCAAAUCUUUCUAUACAUAAGAGAAGUCACACAGGGGAAAAGCUAUAUUCAUGUUCAGAAUGUGGGAAAUGUUUUACACAGAAAUCAAAUCUUAUUUCACAUGAGAAAAGUCAUGCAGGAGAGAAGCCAUUUUCAUGUUCAGAAUGUGGGAAAUGUUUUACACACAGAUCACAUCUUGUUAGACAUGAGAGAAUUCACACAGGAGAGAAACCAUAUUCCUGUUCAGAAUGUGGGAAAUGUUUUACACAUAAAUCAGAUCUUGCUAAACAUCAGAGAUUUCACACAGGAGAGAAACCAUAUUCAUGUUUAGAAUGUGGGAAAUGUUUUGCACAGAAAUCAGAUCUCAUUACACAUGAGAGAAUUCACACAGGAGAGAAGCUAUAUUCAUGUUCAGAAUGUGGGAAAUGUUUUACACAAAAAUCAAAUCUUCUUACACAUGUGAGAUUUCACACAGGAGAGAAGCCAUAUUCAUGUUCUGAAUGUGAGAAAAGCUUUACACAUAAAUCAGAUCUUGUUAUACAUAAGAGAAGUCACACAGGAGAAAAGCCAUAUUCAUGUUCCAUAUGUGGGAAAUGCUUUACACAUAAAUCACAUCUUGUUAGACAUGAGAGAAUUCACACAGGAGAGAAACCAUUUUCUUGUCGGCUAUGUGGUAAACAGUUCACUAAAAGCUCAAGUCUUUCUACACACAAAAGAAUUCACACAGAAGAGAAGCCAUACUCCUGUUCAGAAUGUGGGAAGUGCUUUACAGAGGAAUCAACUCUUGUUAUACAUGAGAGAAAUCACACAGGGGAGAAGCCGUUUUCAUGUUCACAUUGUGGGAAGUGUUUUAAACGGAAAUCAAUUCUUGUUGCGCAUGUGAGAAUUCAUACAGGAGAGAAGCCAUAUUCAUGUUCAGAAUGUGGGAAAUGGUUUACACGAAAAUCACAUCUUGUUACCCACAAGAGAAGUCACACAGGGGAAAAGCUAUAUUCAUGUUCAGAAUGUGGGAAAUGUUUUACACAGAAAUCAAAUCUUAAUUCACAUGAGAAAAGUCAUGCAGGAGAGAAGUCAUUUUCAUGUUCAGAAUGUGGGAAAUGUUUUACACACAGAUCACAACUUGUUAGACAUGAGAGAAUUCACACAGGAGAAAAACCAUAUUCCUGUUCAGAAUGUGGGAAAUGUUUUAAACAUAAAUCAAAUCUUGCUAAACAUCAGAGAUUUCACACAGGAGAGAAACCAUAUUCAUGUUUAGAAUGUGGGAAAGGUUUUGCACAGAAAUCACAUCUCGUUACACAUAAGAGAAUUCACACAGGAGAGAAACCAUAUUCAUGUUUAGAAUGUGGGAAAAGUUUUGCACAGAAAUCACAUCUCGUUACACAUGUGAGAUUUCACACAGGAGAGAAGCCAUAUUCAUGUUCUGAAUGUGAGAAAGGCUUCACACAUAAAUCAGAUCUUGUUAAACAUAGGAGAAGUCACACAGGAGAAAAGCCAUAUUCAUGUUCCAUAUGUGGGAAAUGCUUUACACAUAAAUCACAUCUUGUUAGACAUGAGAGAAUUCACACAGGAGAGAAACCAUUUUCACAUAUUUAACAUGCUGAGUUAUUCAUGGAUCUUAAACAACUAGUAUCAGUGCUUUUUCCAGAUUAUCAAACCAAAUUAUAUUUUCUAACUGAGACUAAGAUCCAUGUAGGAAACGGCUAUGGGUAUAAGGAAGUGAAGAAGAGCUUUGCUUACUUCCAGAGCAGUAAAGAUGAAUUGUCCCCAUGAACCUUGCUUCUUAUCACUGUAUUCAUACAGUGACAUGGGGAGAAGUAACGACGCUCCAUGUAAUAGUUUUAUAACGUAUGUGGACAUAUUAAUAUUUAAUCUUCAUCCAAACAGUAUUUACAGAAAAUAAACUCUUCUAUUUGCUCCAUGACAGCGCCACUAUUUUCACUGACGGACAUUGUUUUC